AUGUUUACAAGUUCCUGGAAGAAGACGCUAGGUAUAGCAACCAUUGCAAAGAGAUUCAAACAUGAAUACUCGCCAAGAUUCAAGCAGGUGGAAAAGGCGCAAAAGGGAAGAGUAUCUGUGAGAACCGGAGGUUCGAUCAAGGGAAACACUUUGGAAUUUGGCAAGAUCGGCUUGCGGUUAAAGUCCGAAGGGCUCCGGUUGCACGCUAACCAGUUAUUGGCCGCAGAUAAGGUGUUGAGGAGGGAACUCAGGCCCACAAAGUCGAAGUUGUUCACGCGGUUCGUUUGCGACUUGGCUAUUUGCAUCAAGGGGAACAUGACGAGAAUGGGUAAAGGGAAAGGUGCGUUUGACCAUUGGGCAACUAGGAUGCCCACGGGGAAAGUGUUGUUUGAAAUCGACGGGCCUAUCCAUGAAAAAGUUGCGCGAGAAGCGCUCCGGAAAGCAGCCGCGAAAUUGCCCGGGCUAUACGAGAUCAUUACUCCCGAGUCGAAAGUGAGGGUCAGCGUCACCAGCUUGAUUGAUAAACCUGAACCUGUGGAUUAUGUGGAAAAGAUGAAUGAAAAUCCAUCAAGGAGAUGGGCCAAUUUGCAGAGAUUCAGAACUGAUCCUAUGUACAAGUUGUAUAGUGGUAGAUAUUGA